UUUAACUAAAAUGAUAAUUAUGUUUGGUAAACAAUAAUACAAUGUUAUCAAAGAUAAUAAGUUUUUUGCAAUUUACCACUGAGAAAGUCAAAAUACAUGGUGUUACCAAAGAGAAUUUCCCUACUUUAUUUCUAAUACAAACACUUAGCCUCUUGAUAUAUAAGUACUACUGAAAAGAGCAAAACGACACCUCAAAAACAAUAUUGAAGAAAAAACAUAUAACAGUAUUAAAUUUAUUAUAACAAGCUCAAACUUAAAAUAACAGUAUUAAAAUAGCAAAUGACGUUUUUUCAACACUUAGCGAAAAAAAAAUUCAACGUAGGUAUGGACCUUCGUUGUCCCUACCUGGUAGUGGGCAAUACUUUCUCCAAACUUUUUCUGAUUUUGUAGUAGGGUUUUCAAAAAAAAAAAAAAAUAAAUAAAAUAAAAUAAAAUAAAAUGCUAGUUGAUAUCAAAAAUGAAUAUUUAAAGGAUAAUAGGCAAAAUUUCGUUAUUAUAAAUCAGGGGAUUCAGGGCAUGCAAAUGUUUUUGUUAUUGGAAAUAUGAGGCGCACCAUAUCCUGUAAUAUUUCAUGGUUAGUGACAAUAUGAAAUGCAAGUUUUUUAAUUCAAUCAUUUUAACUUAAUCCAAACUUACUAUGCUACAAAACUCUCAUAAAGCAAUCACUUUCUUCAACACUAUAAUACCCCCAAAAUUCCCCCCAAAUUCGAUUUUUAGGGUUUGGAAUCUGCUACAAUGUGCAUCAUUCUGCAAUCUCAAAGUCCAUUGGCGCAAAGACGAGAAGCUCGACGAAUCAAUUCGAGCCGAAAAAAAAUGGCGGCUUUGCGCUCGAGUCGUCAAAGAGGUUCUCAACGAACCAGGUCAGGUGAUGCCAUUGUGUUACUUAGAGAAGCGUAGAGAAAGAUUGAAGCUCAACGUCACUGCAAAAAUAUUCAUUGAUCAAAACCCUCUUCUUUUUGAUACUUAUUUUGAUCGAAUUCGACCUAAAUCGGAUUCUGUUACUUUUAUUAAACCUAGUGAAUCACUUCGAAGGUUUUUGGAAGAAGAAGAGCGGAUUUUUGCUGAAAAUGAGAUGUUAAUUGUUUCGAAAAUUUGUAAAAUGUUGAUGAUGGCGAAAAAUAGGGUGAUUAAUGUGGAGAAAUUGGUUCAUGUUAAGCGAGAAUUCGGGUUUCCGAAUGAUUUUUUGAGCAAAUUAAUCCCCAAAUACCCUAAUUACUUCAAAUUUGUUGGUGGUUUUGAUGAGAAAUCGUACUUAGAGUUGGUUUCUUGGGAACCCGAGUUUGCGAAAUCAGUGAUAAUGUUGAAGGCUGAGGAAGAAGAGAGGUUAACUGGGAUUAGGGUUAGGCCUUCAUUUGAUUGGAAACUGCCACCAGGGUUUUAUAUCAAGAAAGGAAUGAGAGAGUGGGUUAGAGAUUGGAUGGAGAUGCCUUACAUUAAUCCUUACGAUGAUGCGUCGCAUUUAGACUCGAGUUCGAGGGAAAAGGAGAAGAGGAUGGUAGGGGUACUUCAUGAGUUAUUAUCGUUGUCGUUGUUUAAGAGGAUUCCUGUUCCGAUUUUAGGGAAGUUUAGUGAGGACUACAGGUUGUCGAAUGCAUUUUCGAGUGUGUUUACUAGGCAUUCGGGUAUAUUCUAUAUGUCUUUGAAGGGAGGGAUUGAGACCGCGGUGUUGAGAGAGGCAUAUAAGGGUGGUGUAUUGGUUGACCGGGAUCCGUUGCUUGAGAUUAAGGACAAGUUUGUUGAGUUGUUGGAGGAGGGGUGGGAAAUGAGGAUGGAGGAAUUGAGGUUGAGGAGGGAAAGUGCUCGUAAUCGCAAUAAGUCUGUGACGCUUGGGAGUUCGGAGUUGAAGUCUCAAGAGGAUGAUGCUCAUCUUUGAAAUGGGGAGAAACGUGCUCAAAAUUGUUGUUAUGCUGAUGGCAGAGAUUUUCGCACUGGUUGCAAAUGCUCCUAGCGUUCAAUUGUUCACAGUGGCCUUAUAUUUUGGGUAUUGGAGACGGGAAGGGAACUUCAACCAGAGGACAAAAUAGGAGCGAAGUUGUCAUGACAACAGCUAGGAAGGGCAAAUAUUAUAAUAAUCUAGUAAAUGUUGCUCACACAAAAGAAAUGGCAUUUUUUACAACCGUCCGGAACCUAAUCUGCUUUAUAUCAGCUGGUAUUCAAAAUCACUCCCUUGUCAUCUUCUGUUAUAUACCAUCAAAGAAGCACCUUCUUGUGACCAACAAGAAGUGCAUGAAUGCCCUACUAUUUAAGUAGAAGCUAGUUAGAUUUUACUUAAGUACAGAAGAACAUUAUUCUUUUAUCUAGCAUCUGUGCCCUUUUAAUUUGUCAUGCUGCUCAAGAUGGAGAGAAAAAAUAUUGCUUUAUGGGUUUUCAUUACUACAUUCUUAGCUGUGAUAUCUAAGUCAAAUUGUCAAUAUAGACCAGCCCCUGCACUUCCAUUCCCGAGUUUUCCUGCACUCCGUCCUUUGUGCCUUUCCCAAUUUGCCCUUGUUAAUCAUGCAUGUUCUAUGCUUCCUUAUUCACCGUUGCCCCCUCCUGCUCCACCUGCUCCACCAACUCCUCCUGCACCUGCUCAACCCCCUUGCCCCCCAAAAACUGGCCAUCGACAUGGACACCAUCACAGGCAUAGGCAUACCAGUUCCGCCCCUGUCAGUGCUGCAGCAGAGGAAUGUUGCCGCUGGUUGAAAGAAGUCGACACUCAAUGUGUCUGUGAUUUGCUCGUUCGUUUGCCUAUAUUUCUGGCCAAGCCUUCACAUGAUUAUACGGUUAAUGUUAGUGAAGACUGUAGUGUCACCUACCAAUGUCCAGGCCGGGUGAUGAAUUGAUUUGUGAGAUUGAAUUUGAUUUAUAAGGUGUUAGGGUAUGUACUAUGUAGGCUAAAGGGGUAUGGUAAUUAUUUAUGCAACUUUUUAAAUAAUAGCUGUUUAUGUAUGGUGCUUUAUUUUGUCUGUACUCUUCAAAUAACAUAGCUCUUUGGAUAUGUAUAACUAUUAAUUUCUUUCACAUCGGAUUUUCUUUCCCUUGAUUGAACUGUUGUAGCACUUUGAAAUUAGUCUAUCAUGGUGUCACAAGCGAAUAUCGCAACAGCAAUGCAACACCUUGUGAAAUUCUGGCCAUGGAUGAUGGCGUAUGGGAAGGCCAAAGUGAUUGUAAGCCUAAUGCUUUGUUUAACAUAGUAGCUUUGAAAACUGUCUUGCAGAAAGGUUCGUUCUUAUAAAUACACAUUGAAAGUGUCAAUUCCUUGU